AGAGGCAGUGAGAGCUCUAGUAUCCUCACAAGUUCACUAAGAAAACCUCUCUGUGAUGGAUAACCAAUGUCACUGUUCUGUCGGCAGCGUCAGACUGUUAAAUCCUAUCCUCUUCAACAUUCUCAGCCAACUGGAUAACAGCAGCCCAAGCUCAAACAACUUCAGCUAUCAUUCGAUACCUCACCGAUGCAACUGCGAGCUUCGUCGAACAGUGUGCUUGAAAAGGCCGUCGGAAAUUUGCAAAGAAGCCUCAGCGGUCCUGGUCAAAACCGUCCAUUUCAUGAAGAAUUUACCUGCUUUUAACCAGCUUCCACCCAACGACCAGUUCUUGCUUCUCAAAAGCUGCUGGGCGCCACUCUUUAUCUUGGGCCUGGCGCAGGAGCAUGUGGACUUCGAGGUGACGGACGUUCCGGCUGACAGCAUGCUGAAAAAGAUUCUUCUGCGGCGUGACGGGGGUCCUGAGAUGGAUUGGGAGCAGCCCACCAUGGCUGGUGUUGGCAAACUGAAAUCCUGCCUCAAAAAGUUUUGGAGCUUAGAUUUGAGCCCAAAGGAGUAUGCUUACCUCAAAGGAACAACCAUAUUUAAUCCAGACGUUCCAGAUCUAAAGGCGUCUCUGUUCAUCGAGGGACUGCAACAGGAGGCCCAGCACGCCUUGAGCGAAGUCGUCCAGCUCCUGCACCCUGAGCGCCAGGAGCGUUUUGCCCGAAUCCUCCUCACAGCCUCCAUGCUGCAGAGCAUUACACCCAGCCUCGUCACAGAACUGUUAUUCCGGCCUGUGAUUGGCCAAGCUGACCUGCUGGAGCUCCUGGUGGAGAUGCUCUUCUGCAGGUAGACGUGGACUUCAUCAAACAGAACGGAGCGAAAUUGUUUUCACAUCAACGCAACAAAACGUGUGAAUGAGCACACUUGAAAAGCAUCCCAGGAAAGAUGUGGCCUUGCAGAGAGAGUCGGUGAUGUGCUUUAAUGUUGAGGUAAUAUUAUGUUUGCUUUGUUG